AUGGCGGAAGCCGACAAAGCCCUUAGUGUAUUCAACAGGAGUCAAAAGCUGGAGAAAACCUUCUUGCCAGAUUCUAACAAGACAAUGUCUGAUGCUGGAAAUAGGGUCAUGGGCAUAGCCAGGAACGCAAACAUAGAAUUUGUCACCCAGGAUUUCUUAUACUUCUCCAAGAGUAUGAUUCUUGUCUUAGCUAGGAUCUCGAUCACUGUGAAGAGACAGUAUGAACAAGGCAACUCCUCUACAGGAAGUGAAAAUAAGGCACCUUCAACAGAGAUCCCAAGAGAUCCCAGCAGAGAUCCCAACAGAGAUCCUAACAGAGAUCCCAACAGAGAUCCCAGCAGAGAUCCCAACGGAGAUCCCAACAGAGAUCCCAGCAGAGAUCCCAAUGGAGAUCCCAACAGAGAUCCCAGCAGAGAUCCCAGCAGAGAUCCCAACGGAGAUCCCAGCAGAGAUCCCAGCAGAGAUCCCAGAAGAGAUCCCAGCAGAGAUCCCAGCGGAGAUCCCAACAAAGAUCCCAGCAGAGAUCCCAGCAGAGAUCCCAACGGAGAUCCCAGCGGAGAUCCCAACAGAGAUCCCAGCGGAGAUCCCAACAGAGAUCCCAACGGAGAUCCCAGCAGAGAUCUCAACAGAGAUCCCAAUGGAGAUCCCAGCGGAGAUCCCAGCAGAGAUCCCAACAGAGAUCCCAGCAGAGAUCCCCGAUGCCUACAGGGCACACAGGAGUCCACUUCACCAAAGCCAAACCCGCCAGCCCAGGCAGCCGGCAGCAGGACCAAGGGAGGGUGUAGAAGGAGGGGGUGGGGAGGGGAUCAGAUUAGCCGAAACUCAAUAAGCUCCCAGCCCUCCAAGCCCCAUGCUACCACCAUCACCGCCACCAACGGGCUACUCCAGUUAAGUCAGCACCACUGGCGACCCACCAGCCGGCGGAAUCGCGCCCAUCCCCGCGCAGCUUCGCGGGGACCUGCAUCCCGCCCCCUUGGCCGGGUCCCCCCCACCCCUACUCCAGCCCAGUGCAAAGUCAAAGCCCCGGCAAGGCGACGUGAACUUUUGCAUGCAUGGCACACACCGCCCCCGGCCCCGGGCGCGCUGGGCCCGCGGCGCGGCGGGAGGCUAGGCGCCCCAGCUCCCGCGCCAAGGUCGCCGCGCUCGCUCACCCAUGUCCCGGCGGCUCCGGCUCCGCUGGCCCGGGCGCUCGCUCAGAUUCCGCCUCCGGUCGCUCGUCCGAGCCCCCAAAGGUGCUGCUGCGGCAACUCCAUAGCGACGAGCAUCUGUCAAACGGCGACGCGCGGGGCGGGCCGCCCUCGCUCGGGGGGCGCCGGGGCCCCCGGGCGCGCAGGCGGCGGCGAGCGCCCCGGCCAGCCCCGCGCUUCCCGCCUGCCGCGGCCGCCUCCGCCGCGCCACCGAUUUACGGAGAGAGAUAUCAAGGGGGAAAAUGGCGUCUCCGGAGCCCGAGGAGUCCUGGAGUAA